AUGUUGAGAAAGUACCGGAAAGAUCCGAAUAUUUUUGCAUUGGAGGUGAGAUUUUGCUAUUGCUUGUUGAUGUUUAGUUUUCUGAUAUUGUGGGAUUGUCAACUGAAUUUGAAUUGCUCAAGGAUCAAAAUCCGGUUUGAGAUCUGCUGGACCUAGUGUAAUAUGAAGAAAUUGAUAGAACUCAAGUAGAAGUAUUUUCCUUUUGCAUGAGAUGGGCCUUUUCCAACUCUUCUUAACGCAAAUGCGAUGUUUUGGAUUUUGGCGACAUCAAAUGAACGAGUUUUUGAUAUUACACAUAGUCAGUUACACAGAAUUAAAAAUUUACUUCCUUUUAUGAACUAGAAAGCCUAAAAUGAUCCUUAGAAGAACUAGAAUAAUGCUCGUUCUGAUUUAAAAGUUUAACUUCAAAAUUGUGCCUACUACAAUUUAAAUUUAUCGAAUUUAGCAUCCUCACACUGUGCCCAGAACACCGAACCACAGCUGACGAUGCGUUAAAGCACAAAUUCUUCCGAAAUUCUCAUGGAAACUUCUAAUCUGUUUGAUUUCUCGGUUAAAAUAUUAAAUAAUUGACUGGUACACACAAUUUUUUCGAAUUAAUUUGGUUUUUUGUGUUGAGAUAAGGUUAUUGUAACCAGGAUUACUGCCUGGGCUGAUGACGGAAGAGACAUUUUUUUGUAUAGACCAGAGAUUUUUUUCUCUAACCGACUCUUCAUUUCACGUAUUCUCUCGCAAGCGAACAUCGUUGAGUGUCGCUGAAAAAUUGCGAAGCUCAGAGCUUCAGUACAUGAUCUGCAGCUUAUUCAGAACAAAAAUUAUCGAAUCGGAUAAAUAUUAGUCUGUCGGGAAAAUAAUGAGCACAUGUCGCACGGAAAGUCGCAUCGCCGCCGAGAAAAUUAAUUGUGCCAUAAAAUCAGAUUCUUUUUCACUCAGCGAUCGACGCAGCGACAUUGUGCUCAUUACUUUCCCGACAGACUGGUAUUUUUUUUAGAUUCGCAAAUUUUUGUUCUGAAUAAGCUGCAGAUCAUGUAUUGAAGCUAUGAGCUUCGCAAUUUUCAGCGACAUUCAACGAUGUUCGCUUGCGAGAGAAUACGCGAAAUGAAGAGUCGGUUAGAGACAAAAAUCUCUGGUCUAUACAAAAAAGAUGUCUCUUCCGUCAUCAGCCCAGGCAGUAAUCCUGGUUACAAUAACCUUAUCUCAACACAAAAAACCAAAUUAAUUUGAAAAAAUUCUGUGUAUCAAGUCAAUAAUUUAAUAUUUUAACCGAGAAAUCAAACAGAUUAGAAGUUUCCAUGAGAAUUUCGGAAGAAUUUGUGCUUUAACGCAUCUUCAGCUGUGGUUCGGUGUUCUGGGCACAGUGUGAGGGGGCUAAACUGGAUAAUGUUAUCAAAUUAAGAAAAAAUGUAGUUUUGACCUCUCCCUUUUGCGAUCAUUGUUCUGGUCGUAGCAGAUAUAAACUAUAAACUCCAUGGGGCUAAUUGGCUCUCGGCACACCCUUUUUUCGAUUCGCCAAAUUUUUCUUUUCAAUUUCAUUUGACUUUCAGCCUAUGCCUGAGUACAAGAUCACAUAUUUUGAUUGUCGCGGGACCGCUGAGGCCGCAAGGUGCUGUCUUCACUAUGCUGGCAUCCCAUUUGAAGACCAUCAAAUCGCCUACAAAGACUGGGCGCAACACAAAAAAUGUGAGUUCUAAAAAAAUUGCCGCAAGUUUUGUUUAUUUGCAAAAAAUUCGUCACCCAAAUUGAUAUUUCAGCGUUUCUCAACCAAAAACUCCCCGUUUUCUAUGAAGACGGGAAGGAGUUGACUCAAUCGGGCGCCAUUACUCGGUAUGUAGCGCGGUUAACCGGACUGAAUGGAAAGGAUUCGUGGGAAGAGGCCAAAGCCGAUGAAAUUUAUCAUUAUUUUUUUGACGCUAUGAAGUCAACAAACGUCUAUGUGCAUGACAAGUGUGGAUAUAACAAAGCAAAGGACUUGGUGAGUUCACACUCUUGUCGAAAAACAUUUUUCCAUUUCCAGAACGAAGCCUACGAGAUCUUCCUUCCAAUUGCGACCAGAGCCCUCGAAUAUUACAACAAUUUUCUCAUUGACUCUACCAAUGGAUUUGCGUUGAAAUCGGGUUUAACCUACGCCGACUUCGUUAUUCAUGCGCAGGUCAAAACGUUCAAAAAUUGCGAUCCAGAACUUUUGAAGAAAUUCCCCAAAGUUGUGGAACAUUUUGAGAAAAUUGAAAAUAUUCCACAACUGCAAGGUUAUUUUGCCACUCAAAACACAAUAAACUAA